AAGGCCUCGACCUUUUAAAGCUGGGGUUGUGGGUGGGAUGUAGUUCUGCAACGCAGGGUUGGAGAUUGAGUUCCUUGCAUUCUGAGACUUUGCUACCUAACAAAAUUCUUGAAGUGUAAUCCCCUUUCACUGAACCAUGCCGAGGAAAAAGAAGACGAUGGAUCCAACCAGCGGACUUGGGGAGAGUUCAGAUGCUCCUUCCCAAGCCCCUCCUGAAGCUCGCCAGCCCCCUCCUCAACAGCGUCCCUCACCCCCUUCACAACCAACCCAACAGCCCCAGUCUGCUCCUUAUCAACAACAAGGAAGGGGAUGGGGCCUACAACCAGGCCGGGGUGGCUAUACUCAACAACCGCAAUACCAAGGACGAGGAGGCCCUCAGGGCCGAGGUCAGCAACCUCCUUAUCCACAGCAGCCCCCUUAUCAACAGCAGCCCCCUUAUCAACAGCAGCCAUCUUAUCAGCAGCAACCUCGAGCCCCUUACCAGCAACCUUCUGGUCCUUAUCAAGGGGGCCAGAUGGGUGGGCCCCAAGGUGGUGGUGGGGCCAGGAGGAGGGGAGGGGGCCGUGGUGGUGGGCCCACCUCGGGCCCUUCUGGUUCAUAUGCUAGACCCCCAGUUCCCGAUCUGCCCCAAGCUGUUGCCCAAAGACCACCAUCUCAAUACCCUCCGCAAAUGUACGCGCAACAGUUUGGUUCGUUUCAACAAACACCAUCUCAGGCCGGUGAGCCCCAGGAAAGUGGCGCUUCGUCUUCUUCUGCCCAUCAGUUAGCAGAGCAGGUUCAGCAGCUUACAUUGGUGAAACAGGAGGAGGCUGUGCAGCAGCCACCCCAGUCGAGCAAGAGCAUGAGAUUUCCUUCGAGGCCUGGGAAGGGGUCGAUGGGGACCAGGUGUAUGGUGAAGGCAAACCAUUUCAUUGUGGAACUGCCAGAUAAGGACUAUCACCAAUAUGAUGUGUCCAUCACACCCGAGGUUACUUCGAGAGCUGUGAAUCGAGCAGUUAUGAAGCAGCUAGUGAAACUUUACCAAGAGUCUCACUUGGGAAGGAGGUUUCCAGUUUAUGAUGGUCGGAAGAGUCUUUAUACUGCUGGACCUCUCCCCUUUACCUCAAGAGAAUUUGCCAUAAAUCUGAUGGAUGAAGAUGAUGGAAUGGGCACUCUUAGACGUGAGAGGCAAUUCAAGCUUGUAAUUAAGUUUGCUGCUCGUGCUGACCUGCAUCACUUGGGGUUAUUUUUAGCCGGAAAACAAUCUGAUGCUCCCCAAGAAGCCCUCCAGGUUCUGGAUAUUGUUUUGCGAGAAUUGCCAACCAACAGAUAUUCCCCUGUUGGGCGUUCAUUCUAUUCUCCUGAUCUUGGUAGAAGGCAGUCGCUGGGUGAGGGUUUGGAGAGCUGGUGUGGGUUUUACCAGAGUAUUCGACCCACACAAAUGGGUCUUUCGCUUAAUAUUGAUAUGUCCUCUACUGCUUUCAUUGAGCCACUUCCUGUUAUCGAAUUUGUUACUCAGCUUUUGGGCAGAGAUGUUACCUCGAGGCCAUUGUCUGAUGCUGACCGUGUUAAGAUCAAGAAAGCUCUUAGAGGUGUGAAGGUUGAGGUUACCCACAGAGGCACUAUGCGUCGCAAAUACCGCAUAUCGGGUUUAACUUCACAGCCAACAAGAGAGUUAACGUUCCCUGUGGAUGAUAAUGGAACGAUGAAAUAUGUUGUCCAGUACUUCCAGGAGACGUAUGACUUCAACAUUAGGCAUACUACGUGGCCUUGUCUGCAAGUCGGGAAUCAUCAGCGCCCAAAUUACCUCCCAAUGGAGGUAUGCCAAAUCGUUGAGGGCCAACGAUACUCAAAGCGAUUGAACGAAAGACAAAUCACUGCCCUUCUGAAAGUGACCUGCCAGCGACCACAUGACCGGGAGCUUGCUAUUAUUCGGACUGUGCACCAUAAUUCUUAUCAUCAGGACCCUUAUGCAAAGGAGUUCGGUAUUAAAAUUAGUGAUAAAAUGGCAUCAAUUGAAGCACGCAUUCUGCCUCCGCCCUGGCUUAAAUACCAUGAUACCGGCAGGGAGAAAGAUUGCCUACCUCAAGUUGGGCAAUGGAACAUGAUGAACAGGGUGAUAUUGGGCUUAUUUUGUUACUUUCAGUGCCUUGGUAUUUCUUGCUUAUGUUUUUGGACCUUUUUUUGGGGAAUGACUGAUAUUUUAAUUUUGUUGCAGAAAAUGGUUAAUGGAGGCACUGUAAACAAUUGGACGUGUAUAAACUUCUCCCGUACUGUUCAAGACAGUGCUGCUCAACGCUUUUGCCAGGAGCUUUCUCAAAUGUGUCACAUUUCGGGAAUGACAUUCAACCCAGAACCUGUUAUUGCUGUAUCUUCUGCUCGUCCUGAUCAGGUGGAGCGAACUCUGAAAUCCCGAUUUCAGGAGGCAGCAAAUGUUCUUCGUGGCAAAGAACUAGAUCUGCUGAUUGUAAUCUUGCCUGAUAAUAAUGGUUCCCUUUAUGGGGAUCUAAAGAGAAUUUGCGAGACGGAUUUGGGCUUGGUCUCCCAAUGCUGCUUAACUAAGCAUGUAUUUAAAAUGAGCAAGCAGUAUCUUGCUAAUGUUGCUUUGAAAAUCAAUGUUAAGGUCGGUGGGAGGAAUACUGUACUUGUGGAUGCGAUUGCAAGGAGAAUUCCACUUGUAAGUGACGUUCCAACUAUAAUAUUUGGGGCUGAUGUCACUCAUCCUCACCCAGGAGAGGAUUCCAGCGCAUCCAUUGCUGCUGUCGUUGGUUCUCAGGACUGGCCAGAGGUGACUAAAUAUGCUGGAUUGGUCUGUGCUCAAGCUCACAGACAAGAAUUGAUCCAAGAUCUUUAUAAGGUCACCCAGGAUCCUCAACGUGGAACUGUGACGGGUGGCAUGAUCAAGGAGUUGCUCAUUUCAUUCAGGAGAGCAACUGGGCAAAAGCCUCAGAGGAUUAUUUUCUACAGGGAUGGAGUUAGCGAGGGCCAGUUUUACCAGGUUUUGUUUCAUGAAUUGGAUGCUAUUCGCAAGGCAUGUUCCUCCCUUGAGCCAAACUAUCAGCCCCCUGUGACAUUUGUUGUGGUUCAAAAGCGGCAUCACACUCGGCUAUUUGCAAACAAUCAUAAGGAUCAUCAUCUGACUGACAAGAGUGGAAAUAUAUUACCCGGAACUGUGGUGGAUUCAAAGAUCUGCCAUCCCACUGAAUUUGAUUUUUACUUAUGCAGUCAUGCUGGCAUCCAGGGUACUAGCCGCCCUGCCCAUUACCAUGUUUUGUUUGAUGAGAAUCACUUCACAGCCGAUGGCCUCCAGUCGCUCACUAAUAAUCUGUGCUAUACGUAUGCACGUUGCACCCGCUCUGUCUCUAUUGUGCCGCCUGCUUACUAUGCUCAUCUAGCAGCCUUCAGGGCUCGCUUCUACAUGGAGCCGGAGACUUCAGACAGUGGAUCCAUGUCUAGCGGGCUGCCUGGUAGGGGAGCACCCAGCGGUGCUGGCAGUCGUGCCAGCAGCACUCGUGCAGCAGGCUCCAGCGUGCGGCCACUUCCAGCCCUCAAAGAAAACGUGAAGCGCGUUAUGUUCUAUUGCUGAAAUUUCCGGUGCAUGCUUUCGCAGUUUCUCUCUCUAGUCUUUUGGUUUCUCUCUCUGGUUCUUGAUUGGUGGCUCAGUCAUUUUGAGCUUUGGGAAGUUGUGCAGGGGCAUGCAUACACUUGGUACUUCUAUGCUCUGGUGUUUUGCGUGUUGGAUUCAUUUUGAUGCCAUAUGGAUCAAGGAUCCAGUCUGGGCUUUAUUUCUUGUGAUUGGCAUUAAGAGAAAAGUAGAACACAAGUGAUUUUCAUUUUUAAUAUACAUGGGAUAUUUAAGACUUCCAUAUCA